GCAGCGGAGCGAGAGGCGCCUCAGAGCUGCGUGUCCGCCCGCCCCGAGCCCGCCCCUGCGCCCCGCCCCGCCGCUCCACUUCGCUCCGCAGAGGGCUGGUCCUGCAGCGCCCGGGGGACGGUAACCAUGAGUGACCGAAAGGCUGUGAUCAAGAAUGCGGACAUGUCAGAAGAGAUGCAGCAAGAUGCUGUGGAGUGUGCUACACAGGCUCUCGAGAAAUACAACAUUGAGAAAGACAUCGCAGCUCAUAUAAAGAAGGAGUUUGACAAGAAAUAUAAUCCCACUUGGCACUGCAUUGUGGGAAGGAACUUUGGAAGCUACGUGACUCACGAGACAAAGCACUUCAUCUACUUCUACCUCGGCCAAGUUGCUAUUCUUCUCUUCAAGUCUGGUUAGAACCAUGGACUGUUACUGAAACUUGCAUCUGGUUACAGGACUGUAUGCUGACCCUUAUCACACUCAUAACUUCAGCUUUCCUGAGGACGCAGACCUUGAUCUUCAAGGGUAAUGUCAGGGAUUUUGCUGUAGCAGUUGGAGUUUCAUUGUGGCUAUAAAGAUGAAAAAUACCAAAAAGGUCUUCCUUGUAUUUAUUUUAUUUCAAAAGCUGUCCUCUUUGCUAGUAGAGCUGUUGGGGCAGUUUGGCCUUUAAGAAUUUUACAGGCAUCUGUUGUUCUGCCCUGUUAGUGCCUGUGCUAUGUAAGUACUGACAGUGUGUACUACUUCCUGUUUCCGAUUGGUCUUUAUUUUUCUUAUGUUUUUUUUCCUUUGUUAUAUAUACUCCAAGGUACAGGAAUAUUGUGUUGCAAACCUUGAGCUGUUUCUUUUCCUGUUGCUGUCUCGUGGUGAAUCACCUUGGAAAAUAAACUACACGGUUUACCUGA